AUGUCCCAAAUGGUGCAUAUUCUGGUCUUCCUCGCAUUCCUCGGGUUGCUUGGCGUCAACGCUCUGACGGAUUCGACUUCAAAGUGUCACUUUCACGCGACCGAAAAACCCCGCAUUUUUUUGUUAAGUAAUAUUGACAACGAGCCAGAUGAUGCGCAGUCACUGGUGCGGCUUUUGCUUUAUUCAAAUGAGUUCCAGAUUGAGGGCCUUGUUGCUACAACAAGCUUCUGGCUCAAUGACACCACCAGACCUGAUCACAUCGAAGACAUCGUGAUGGGUUAUGGAAAAUCACUCGAUAAUCUAAAAGUCCAUGCUUCUGGCUGGCCUGAGCCUAGUCAUCUUCUGAGUCUCGUCAAGUCAGGAUCCACUCUUUAUGGCAUGGACGGAGUUGGAGAAGGCCAUAACAGCGAAGGCUCAGAUCUUCUCAUCGACGCUGUUGACUCAUCCGAUGAGCCACUCUGGAUUCCCGUAUGGGGUGGUGCAAAUACUCUGGCCCAAGCCCUUUGGCAGGUCAAUGCCAGCAGAUCAGACAUUGAUCACUUCAUCUCGAAAUUGCGUGUCUACUCGAUUUCCGAUCAGGACAAUGCAGGUCCAUGGAUUCGACGUCAUUGGCCUGGGCUUUUUUUAUAUCGCUAG